UUAAAAUGAGGCUUUAUUGGAACCUGAUUGAUCUUGGAGCCGUCUGUGUGAGGGCGACCUUAACUGAUCAUCUCUUGGCGUAAUGUCGUUUGCUCAGCGGAGAUUAGCGUUCGGGAUAUUCCAUUGACAUGAAAUAUCUUUUGUGGAAAAUUGUAAUCAUUUCACUUGCCCAUGAAACGCUAAGCUGAUAUUGGAUCAUAGUUUAUUUCGUUAACGGCAGUUUAGUAUUGUUAUUGAAAGUGAUACGCCUAGCAAUUUCUCAUGAUCAAUAACAACAUACACAUUAUGGAAAAUAUCAUUGAAAGAAUUUACAAAUAAACUACAUUACUAUUUGUAGUAUAAUAAAAGGAUUUCCAGAUUUUUAGGAAUAUAAAUGGGUAGGAUAGAAGAGGCUUAAGUCCGUACUUCCAAUUGUAGUCAUGCUCUAGAACAGGUAUCUCUAAAUUUUUUGGCUUGGGGGCCAUAUUGAGACCUCCACAAAGACUCAUGAGCCAUGAAUUUUUACGACAAAAAUAUCGAUUUAUCAAUCUUCAAAAACAUCAGAAUCCAAACGUGUAUAUUACCAUUGCAUCAGCAUCAAAACAUUGAUAUUUUUCAUUUAUUUCCUUCAGGAUUUUUUUUUAAUUAAUUUUAAAAAUCGAAUCAUUAUUUUUUUCCGUUCGUCCUGAAAACUUAGUAUUAUUUACUUAACCCAACAAAUUAAAAAUCUGCCAUAGCAGGUUUAAGGGUAAAAGUUAUCGUGAUGUAUUUUAAUUCAAUAUAAAUAGAAUAAUACAAGGUUGGUUAGUUGGUUGUGUACUAAAGGCGUAGAACUUGUUGGCCAUCAAUACCGUUAAUUAAAAUUAUAUAUUAUAUCUUUUGGUUAUAAAUAUUAAGAAUUGGAUAAAAUUUAAAAAAUGUAAAAUGCACGUUAAGGUUAAAAGUUGUUUAUUGUUAUUAAAGUUUAGUUAUUUAAAGUUCGCUAAGUUAAAGAUAAAAAAGAAAAAGAAAAAAAAAAUGGUAAGAGGAAAAAAAGCGGUGAGGAGUGCUGCGUGAGAGAUUCAGAUAUUUUUUAAGAUUCCUUCUUCGGAGAGAAAACAUAUGAUUUUGCCUAGGAUUUUUUCAUCAUUCACAAAGAAGCAGCCGGUAUUAAUACAAGGUAUAAGAUAACCUGCAAACAAGAAAACAAAAUUGCAUAUAUACAAAAAUAAAAAAAAUAAAAUGAUUUCCUAUUGACAUCUUAUUUUUUUAAUACAACAACUUAUAAUGGUUUAAAUAUAAUGAAAUCUUAGAGAGGAUAGUAAUAUCUCCAUUCCUAUGGAGGUUGGGUGAGCGAGCGGGUGUGUGCAUAGCACGGCGCGUUGCCUGGCAACCUAAUGACCGGAGUCACAUACAAAAAAAUAAUUACGAGUUCACGUCCCUGUGUUUGAGGGGCUUUUAACUCUGUCGUUAACCUCCCACCAUCACCCCUUGGCCCGGAAAAACCUCCGCAUAAUAAAGAGAAGAAGAACGCUGGAAACGCUUAAAGUUGAUAUACAUAAUAUUCAAUUUGGUAAAUGAGUUCAUUUUUUAUGGAAAUCCCAUGGUUGUGAGGGGAAAAAAUCUGCAAACCAUUUUUAUCAAUCAAAACCUAAUCUGAAAUAAAUCCCAGUUUAAUAUAAUUGUUUUAAUAAUAUAACAAAACAGACAUAAAACGAGUAGUUACAUAUAAAUAUAUUAUUAUCUUGUAUAUAUUUUGGCGGAAGAGCGGACAGAAAAAAAAAUCGCAUAUUACAAAAAUAAAAAAAUAAAAUUGAUUUCCUAUUGACAUCUUACUAAAACAUCCAGAUACAUACGAAGGAAACAAAAGGUUGCAUAAUAGAGGUUAUAUUUAACAACUGAUUAGAAGGAAUAAAAUAUAUAUAUGUAUAUGUAUAUACCUAAAAUAUAAUAAUAUAAGAGACUCAUGACUUUAUAGUCAUUAUUACUAUACGUUCAUUUUGAUUAUAUUUAAUUCAAUACGUUUCUUACUUGAUUUUUGGCAUGCGGUUUAAGAUUUUGGAACUCAAUAAAUGGGUUAUCAUUUAAUUAAAAAAAAAAUCUAAAUAACAUAAAUAAAAAAUUGUCCAUUUUAUUUGCAAAAUGUACCCGAAAUGAAUAUAAAACAGGAGUUGAACCCUCUUAAAAGAGCAAUAUCGAAAAACUGCCCCCUCCCCCUUUUCUCGAGGAAAGAGGAAGGAUUCGAAUCGAGGAUCAAUUACCAGGAGCCAGAUAGGGACGGCAGGAGGUCAAAAGGAGGUUUUUUUGUAGGGGCCUGGGGCCCAGCGGGGCGGAGCGGACAGGCUAUUUGCAUGGGGCCCCUCGGGAGGUCCGGUCUAAUUUCACGCCGCCCUGCCCUCCCCCCAAGGAGAAACAAUCUCCUUACAUGUCCUCUCUAUUUACAUAAUACAGUUUCCGCUUUGCUCCUCGUUUCCUCUUCGGGGUCGCCCAGAAAAAUUGUCUUCGGCCUGUUAUCAAAUUCGGGGGGCACUGCCGUAUUAUACUAAGCCGCCGGGUAACUUUUUAUAUGGGAUGUCCUCAUUCCUCCUUAGAAUGACUUUAUCGCCGCAAACAUAGAUGGAAACAUAAUUCUAUACUGCUGUUACAUAAACAAAAACUUGACAUAUGUAUUUUAUAUUCAGACAAACAAUAUCUAUGAAUUGUAUACGUAAUUUAAAAAAAAAAAAAAUCAUUAUGUUACUGACGGAGACAUCCAAUUUGUGAUACCAGAAAUUGCAAGUUUUAAAAUAUUUUUCUCAAUCACAUAUCACAGAUUGAUUGGUUCAGGUACUAACCUGAUUUGAUUACCAGACCACAUGAAGAGAUUAGAAUGAUAGUAAUGUAAGUCAAGUUCGCUAUUUUCGAAACAACAAUAUAAAAUAGAGAUCUUCUAAACUAUUAUUUAAAUUUGAAUUGCUAUGGAGAUGUAUUAUUGGAUGAAAUGUUUUUGUUAAGUUCUAACUCAACUUAAAAACGUACAAGUAUUUGAGAUUAGAGCUUGAAACCGAAUAGCUUAGAGAAAGAGAACAGAGGAACUUUGGAAGAUAGAGAGAGGUUAAUGACGAAAACCGCGGAGGGAAAUAAAUUGCCCGGCCUGGAGCGGUAGAAGAUUGUCCAUAACAAUAUAAACGUUAUUAUUGUAUUAAUUAUUGUAAUUACCACUAAUGAGCACAAGGUAAUACAACACCAGCU